CUUGUUUGAUUGAUUUUUAAAACGGUUUUUCAAUCAGGACACGCUCAUUAAAACGGUUCACUCAGCUAUACUUGGGAAAUUAAAAGUCAAUAAUCAUUUGAAAUGUUCUAGAAUAAUCGUAGUUCAAGUUUAUUGCAUAUUUUUUUGUUCCAAUCACGUCUGAAGUUUGAACACUGUUAAUGAAAUCCACGUCAAUUUCCACGCUAAUUUUGGUCGCAUAUUCUCAGCGUGAGCCAAAAUUUCUCCAGACUCUUUCAUCAUAAUUAUCUUGAUGUUUUGACUCAGUACCUUACACUCUUUGACAAGUUUUCCAUAGAAUUUAGGAUCUGGGAAUUGAACCAAAAAUCUAUUAAAUAUUUCUCAGAGCCAAACGCUUUGUUCAAUUCCACCUCAGUCAAUUAUUGUUGUCACUCCAGUUAGAGAUGAAGACUCUCUACUACGUCAUUGCUGUGAUAUCUAUCACAAUUACUUCCACAAGAGGGCAAUCAGACAAUCCUUCAACUCAUCAAAAUGGGGCUUUGGUGAAUGAUGAGAGAUGUGGUUCUCAACCGUCUAUAGAAGAGGCAGUUCCUUUCACUUCAUAUCCUAAGGGAGUACAAAGAGUUGAUCCAGGAGAAUAUCCUUGGGUGGUGAUGCUUUCCAUUGAGAACUUGGCUCACUUCGUGGGAGAAUCACCGUACACAACUUGCAUGGGUUCAAUCAUAUCUAAACGAUUCGUGUUAACUGCUUCAAGCUGUUUCUCACUGUAUGGAACCGAGAACACUAGUCCCAGACCUAGAUCUAUCAUUAUAAGUGCUGGAGAGAUCGAUUUAAGCACGACUCCUCACUGUGAUGAUGACACCAGCUGCCCUCUAAAUGUCUACAUUGGCGAGUCGGUGAAAUACUACAGGGACAAUGGACCAGCCGAAGGUGGCAAAAAUAUUGCUCUGGUCAAAACUACACAAACAAUUUUUUUCCAUGAUACCGUGCUCCCGAUUUGCUUACAGCAUGAUGCGUUACUUUAUCCUUCAAACUUCUGGGGAGAGAUUGGAAUUAGGGUGACUGCAUCUGAUCAGAAUCUCCAACAAGUCGGAGGACAUAUUCUUUCAGAGGAAGAGAACACAAAGUUGCAUGAAAGUCAUCUGCCAAGGGAUAUGCACUCCGAGGAUGUGAACUCGGUGUUCGGCAUUGGAGGGACGGCAACCGAGGUCUAUCACGACUCCGACAUCGGAGGUCCGUUGAUGAUCAAGAAGCCAAUCGACAAUGUUCCGCCGCGGUUCUAUCUGUACGGAAUUCGCUCCUUCGAGGCGGAAACAGCUGUGCCUCCCUACGCCUCGACCUUUGUUUACACCAAGGUCAGCCAUUAUCUCGAAUGGAUACUGGACAACAUUAGUGAAUGAUAAUAAUUAUUGGACUAAAGCUAGUGGAUGAUAUCAUUUACACAAUGAUUGGUCUCAGAUAUCUGCUUAGAUCGUAAAAGUGAAUGUAUUUCGUCAACUUGAUAGCACUAGUGAAUGAUAUCAAUUACACAAUAAUUGUUCUCAGAUAUCUACUUAGAUCGUAAAUGUGAAUGUAUUUUCUUAGGCUCUCUUAUUGGAGGAAUUCAUCUUCCGUAAAAUAAAAGAGAAAAGUAAAGCAAAUUAUACCAAAA